ACUUUGAAAGCUUGUUGAGUAGUUGGUAGUUAUUGGUUGUUGCAUCGAAGAAGUCACACCGAUGCCAUUGAUUGAAAGUAUUGGACAGUUAAAAGGGUCAGUUAGUACCCUGAAAAGUUAAUCUUAACAACUUUAAUAUUGGAAUCAACAGAUCCGUGCGAAGACGAAUUCUGCUUUGAAAAUAGCUCAGUCCUGCGUUGCUUAUAUUUCACUUCAAUUCAGGGACCACCAGACGAACGAUGGUGAAGCUUACGGAGGGGCUGGUUCUUGCUAGAGCUCGGGCUUCGGAUUUGGAGAAUGUUCGAAAGCUGAAUUGCUGGGCAGCUUGUUUGACAGAUGUGUCGAUCUUGAGACAGAUGCCUAGUCUGGAGGUCAUCGGUUUGAGCGUCAACAGCCUCACGACCUUAGAAGACUUCUUGCACUGUCCAAACCUUGUAGAGUUAUACAUAAGAAAAAACUGCAUCGCAGAUUUAUCCGAGAUUUGGCAUCUUCGAAAGCUGCCGAAACUGCGAGUGUUAUGGCUAGCUGAUAAUCCGUGUGCGGCGGGAGACAUGUACAGAAUGACUGUUUUGAAGAUCUUACCAAAUCUACAGAGAUUAGAUAAUGUUGCUGUUACGUCAGAGGAAGUUCACAGGGCGUUAGAAUUGGGUGAUGAUUUACCGUACCCCCUCACAAAAUGUAAUUCAAACGGCAAUAUCUCUUUGUACAAGGACAAGCCUGACGGCCCUAUUGAACUCAGUCUUGGAGAAACAAAUAAGAUUAGGCAACAGUUAGGGCUACGAGCACUGCCAGCUGAAAAGAUAUCACCUAUGAAGAGCCAUCAUCGCUCUGGAAAAUCAAGGAAUUCCAAUGUGCUGCAGGCGGUACUGGCGUUAAUCAAGGAGCUCGAUCAAGAUAGUCUGGAGGUUGUCGCGAAUGCUUGCAGGGAUAAGCUAGAUUCUUUGUAGAAAUAUUACAAUUUUCUGGAAUGUGGAACACUUUAAACGAGGACUGUGGUAUGGUUGUAAUAACGGGUCACAGGAUUAUGUAUCUUUGCUUAAGAUGUCGGAAUAAAUAAAUGGGGUAAUAAAUAAAACUGAAAAACUAUGUUCGAAAGCACUGGUUUCGGUACCGUUUGUAAAUUUAAAUUGUUACUUUUAUAAAUACUAUACAGUAUUAAGAUUCAAGAUUUUCUUAUCAGUCAAUAUCAUAACAUGAUGAAUGAAAAUUGUUUCCUUGGUGAAAAUAAAUGAAGUUAUUUUAGUUAUUAUGGAUAAUAUUUUUAAUUUAACUGACAUUUUUAAAUUUAUUAUGUUGUUAUAUUAUUUUAUUUAUUUUUUUAAUAAUCAUAAUUUAUAUAAAGAUUUUCAUAAUUUCUAUUAUUCAAAGUAGUAAGGUUCAUUGAUAGCAGGACAAAAUUUAUUUGAUACCUAAGAAAAUUGCUGUUUUAAUAAGAAAAUACUACAAAGUGAGAUGCUGCUUGGUAGUUUAAUGUUCAAAUAAGAGAUAGUAAAUAAGAGAGGACCAUUAUUUAUUCAAAUUUUGUGGCAAUUGGUUUGAAAAAAGCAAGGGGAAUUCCCCUUCCCCAUGGAAAUUUGCUGAGCUAAAAGAUUACAAAAACUAGUUAAACAUCACCUCAUAUCUUCUUAUUUUGCACUCCACCCCCAAAAUAAUUCCCCUAAAUCAAGCUCCCACUUGAAAAUUUCCCCCUCCCAAUACUCCUUGAUACGCCCCUGCCUUUCANNNCCCCCCCCCCCCACCUACUUCCAAGUCAAUACUCCUUGAUACGCCCCUGCCCUGGUGGUGCCCCUCAGCCAAUUUUCUCAAUUACUCCUCCCUUUCGGUUACUUUAAUUCAUUUACAUGCCUUUCCAUUCACUGGAAUUUUUGAUAAGAUUUAUUUGACAAGAUAUUUCUUGUAGCAAUCAAUACCUUUAGGUGUGAACGAAGUGUAGAGUUUAAAAUCAAUGAGGAGAUUUAACAAUGAAUUCAUAUAAUUUUCAACUCUAGGUUUUUACAAUGUAUGCUCAGUUUUGAUCUGUGUGUAGUGAAGGAUCUCUAACAUUCAACGAUGCAGUGUUUUUUAUAACCUUUUCAUAAUAUGGUUUAUAGAAUUUCUUCUUCUUUUCUUUUUUUCAAACUAAAAAAAGAAUGGUUUGUAAAAAGCCAAAGAAAAGCUGACGACGUUUUUACAGUAUUCCUUGAUUUGUUUAUAACUAAUUAGAUAAAUUGAUAGAUAUUUAUCAAAUGCUUGAAUUUAUUUGUAUGUAAUUAUUGCUCAAUAUUUAUAAUAAAUGAAGUGAUUAUAUAAUAUAUUAUAUUAUAUAGUGGCUCUGUUAAGACUAUGUUUAAAUCACGUCUGAAAAAAGUUGUAAAAUAUUAAAAUUGUAGAAACUGGUAUGCUAGUGCCAGAUUGAGAUUCUAAGCCACUUGGCCGAAGCCUUCGAGUAUGAAGUGAGCUCAUGAUAGUGAAGAAUUAUCCUCAUUUACAAUCAAUCGCUUGUGUAAAGCUCUGUCAAGACUACCAAAUUUUAAUUUCCAAAAAAAAACUCUUGUGUGCCCAUAUAUAGUCAUUAUGUGCCUAUAUAUGGUCAUGAUGUGAUGUCAUCAUGACCAUAUUUAGGCAUGAUGUGCCUAUAUAUGGUCAUGAUGUGAUGUCAUCGCGACCAUAUUUAGGCAUUUCACAUGUUUAUGUCAAAUAAAAUGAAUAGUCUGGAGAAGGCUUAGAAGGAAUGAUUGAAUAUUUUGACCAGAGUUGAAGGUAAUUUAAAGAUAGCAGUGGCAGAUCUACUGUAAAGGGGGGUGAAUAUGGUGGCUAGCUACCCCCCUUCGGUUACUGUGAAAAAAAAAAUGGUCACUCUUCUUGAGUGUGCUUCUUGUGUAUACAUGUUACGUGUAGUACUCUGUUGAAAAAUGCACUUUCUAUUUUAAGCUUAACUUCUUUUCAGAUGCCAUCUAAGAGCGUCUAGCCAUCUACUAAUUCCAAACAAAAUCUCAAAUGAGAGGGGACCCCCCUCCCAAAAUUGCUCUUCCUGCUCGCAUUAUCCACCCCCAUUGCUAAAUCCUAGAUCCGCCACUAAAUAGCACCUUGGUUAUUAAUGCAUAAAGUCUAGAAGUGAGAGAUUAGAUAGAAACUUAACAGAUAUAAAUAUUAUAGAUAAAUUAUAUUAGAUGAUAUAUGUUUGCUAAAGGCAAAAAAAAUUAUUAUUAAGAUUAAAUUACGCUUUGUUGAUUAUAGAUGUAUUUGGGAUUAAUUGUUUGUGACAUGAGGAACUUACUACGAAAUUCCUCCACAUUGAUUUAAGCAUAGAACUAAGAAACAGAGACAGCUAGUUGAUUGUAAUUUAUAGCAAAAUUAUUGGUAUAAAUCAUUACUAUACAUUGGUAUAUUGAUGCUAAUUGAACACUUGACUUUGUUACUCAUUAGAUUGUUGACCUUUGAACUGGUACCUUGUAAAUAUAUGUUAUUACAAAUGAUACCUACAUAAUAUACAUAGUAUACUGUACAUUACAUUUUUUCUUGACAUUGCCCGUUAAAUGCUUCCGUCAUAUCAAAUAUACUGGUUAACCAAUUGGUUUUUAAAUGCCAACUUUAAAUGAUUGUAUUGAACAGAAAAAUAGUUAUCAAUUGGUCUGUGGAUGAUCUGUACAACAUACUCUAAUUUUUCUUAUGAAAAGUGAUUCCUUCAUCUGAAGAUGAAUCACUCUGUUAUGAAAAGCAAACUUCUUGCAUAUUUCACACAUUCAUAUUAUGUACUGUUGCUACAUGAUGUAGUGGAACAAGUCAUCUCCUGUUGCUACAUUGGCUACAUAAUAUAAUGGGACAAAUCGUUUCCUCUUAAUUGGACAAUUUGUUUACCUUGUAUGUUGUUCAACAGGCAAUCAUUAUUUUUUUUUAAAUAGAAAUUAGAAAUAAUACUGUACAUUCAAAUUUAAUUCUGAGCCAUUUCCAGUCAUCUACCAUAGGUGUGCUGUAGCCAUACAAUCUUGUACCUUAGCUUCAAUGAUGGUGAGGCUGAGCAGGUUUAGAUCCUCGCUCUGUAAAAGUUCUUUCCUUCUGGGCCCCUUUAUUUUGAAUUCCUAGAUCUGCCCCUGGGACAAGUAACCUCCUUUAUGACGCAAUUCUAUGGAGAAUGCAACGCCCCAACACGUGCGCAACAGAUCGUUUUUAAUGACAACCCGUCCAGACUGCCCCCAAUAAUCAGCAGACAGCUUCGCAUCGUCCAACGGUCAUAGAGAGUGGAAUUGGAUUCAUCGUACGACUGUUGUACAAUGCAGUGAGUUUCUGGCUUAAGUUUUGACUUGGCCCUUUGAGCGAAAAAAGUAUGCCUAUUGUAUCGGGAGGAACAACUCACAUCCAGAGCGAUUGCCGCUAGUUUGAUUGCCACACCGUACAUUAUUCUGUUUCCUUCCCUUGAAUUCAUAUGCAUGAUAUUGAGUGUUUUUAUGUAUAAAAAUAAUUAUUCUCCAUUGUUUAAAAGUUUAAAUUAACACUUAUUUUCACCGAUUAGUGACCGAUACUGUAUUUCUUAAAGUGUACAUAGUAGUAAUGUUCCCAUUCAAAGAUUGCUGAUACCAUGCCAGCUAGAGAAACCAUAGAAAUUGCUAAAUUUUUGCAUGUUUAAAAAUGAAAUUUGUAUUAACAAUUGUUUACCAAGAGUUGUUUACUGUAAAUUAAUAUUAGUACAUAUGUAUAAGGCAUUAUAAAGGAACUUAAAAAUAUUGUAUAAAAAUACUUUUUACUUUGGUGAACUGAGAAAAUUCUAUUCUGUAAAAUUAUUAUUAUGCUUGUCACCUUAUUACCUUAUUUGUGUCAGAUCUGUUUCAAUAUUUUUAAUAAAUAUUUAGCUAUGAAAUCUAAGCAAUUUAAAAAAUAAAACCAAUUGCUGUUGCGGUUUUCUUAUGCUUGCUUUUGGAUGAGGUGGAGUUUUUUUUUACACUUUGAGACUUGUCCCCAGUCACAUACAGAUAAAUAAGGUGUACAUGGGUUUGUUGCAUUGGUACCGUACCUGUCAUAGAUACCCUGUAAAACCUUGAAUUGAAGCCCUGAGCUUCUUUUCAUUGCGAACUUUGGAUGGGCUUCUUUUCGAGGCUACAUUUGCAAAGUAAAGAGGGGGCUUCUUUUCAAACUGAAUGCUGUGAAUGCUGUGAAUUUAUCCUAUAACAUAAUAAAUAAAGCCACUGUAAGUGUAACAUCAAUCAGUAUCAUGGAUUGGAUUUAACUGGCAUUAAAUCACCUAAACUACUGUAUAAACCAAGCUUGUUUUUAAUUUAUUUUGUUUUUUGAAAUUCAUGUACAGUGUAUGUACUAAACUAUCUCGAAAAGAAGCCUAUGUUAUCUUGAAAAGAUGCCCAUGGUCUUCAUUUCGAGAUGGGCUUCUUUUUCGAGGCUAAUUUUGCAAACUAAAUAGGGGGCUUCAAUUUGAGAUGGGCUUCAUCUCGAGAUAGUCCAUUGGGCAUCAAUUCGAGGUUUCACGGUAUUGGUUAAGAAUGUAUAUAAUUCUGUAGGAACAACAAUUAUCGUGAGUGGAAAUAAUGUUCUCGCAUAACUCUUUUGUGAGUGUUUUAGGAUUCUAUUCCCUCAUACUGUAUAAUGUAAAUUGAAAAGAUGUUGAAGUUCAUUUUUGUGGUUAUUUUAAAAUAUUAAAGAAGAAUAAACUAGAGGAAUACUAUUUCAUCAUAAAAGUUUUCAUUAUAGUUCUAAAAUGUAUUGUUUAGUUUUAUAUUAUGUAAUUUCUAUUUUUGUAAGUUUUUGUUUUCUGCAAAUUGUAGGCCUAUUCUUGAUAGUUAUUAAUUUGAUGGAGGUUUGAGGUGUGUGCAAUUACUAUUUAUCUGUAAAUUACUUAUGUUAAUUCAAAUCUUUACACUUCUUUGUACCUCAAUUGUGCAGAAAUAUUUUUAUUCUAAAAAAAUUGUUUAAUUUUCUGAGGUUACCAUAAAUGAUCAAAUAAGUACCUUUCUAUUGGUUGGGACUACCCUCAAUGGUGUUUUGUUACGCCCAGGUUUCCCCGGGGCCAAUGGUGAGUUUGUGUUCGAUUUUCAUUAUGUGGCCAUUGUGCUUGUAUAUUUUUUAUCAUGUGGUACCCAAAUGAAUAAUUAAAAUUGAAAUUUCUCAAAUUUGCGUUGCUCGCCAAGAAUGCUUUUAACGAUACAUUCUGUUUUGAAUAAAUGCUAAUGUUAUUAAGAAUCUAUUAAACCACAGAUCUCUCACGAAAUAUUACUAAAAUGAAAUUGUUUCUUAAAGAAUGUCAUAUAUUCAGUAUAUCUAUUAUAAUCAGCGGUAAACAAGAACAUAUUGGGGAUUAAACGAACAAAUUUGGAAUAAAGGGUGGGACUAUUUUAAGCACUGGAUAUCCUUUCGAGAUACCGUAGUGCAUUAAGAUAGCAAGAUUGAAGUUUAAGAUUAGGUUCAAGCCAACACUUUCGGAUUUACUUAAUGUUGUUGCAACAACCGCCUAUUUUGAAUCUGCUUUAGUGGUGGCAUUGCACUGCCCGUUCAACACUGGUUUAUACCCUUAAUCCAUCAUUGACCAUGUAUAUUUUUGUAUUGUAAACUUGUUUAAAAGGAGACAUGGUACUGUUUUACGAGAUACAUUAUUAAUCGUAUGAUACUUAGCAUGCAAUUCAGUUCAAAGUCUUGUGUUGGCGGUGUGCUGUGUUUAUGCUUGUAAAUAAAUUUUCUGUUACAACUUGA